AUGAAUGCGCUUUGGAUGGGCAAGAAGUUCGAAGACCGCUAUACGCUGGUAUACCUGAUCCUGUGGAAAGAUCUUGCAUCCAGUCAUGCAUUCUUCACGGGCACAGCGUAUCGAGACUUCCACAAGCUAGUGCAGCCCGCGCUCAACGGCCGUAAGGUCCAAUGGCAGCAGCAUGCAUUGCUUGACCAAUCGGCUUGCAGCUCAGUGGAACAUCUCCGCAGCAUUCUCUCCUCUCCCGCCCUCGAGGUUGCUCUCACCAAAGUUGUCGAGGGCGGCGUCCACGGCUACUACGAGCAGUUUGCCAAGGUGGUGGAUCCUAUCCUGCGCGACGAGCCUGGAGCAGAUGGCCACUUCAUCAGUCCUCUGAUCGAAAAUCCACAGGACCAGCUGCUGCUGAUCAAUUGGAAGUCCGUCCAUGUGAGCACUUCCAUUGGGCUUUGUUGCGAAACCCUGGCUUACGUAUAA